CCCUACUCACUGAGCCAGAGGCACCACCCUACAAUUAUUGUUUCUUGUGAAUCAUUGUACUGAGUUUAAGUAUUGUUACCUCACAACAGUCGGGGCAGGCAUUAUUAUUACCGGUAAUUGGCACAGUGAGAAUUUGAGCCCCAAAUGUGACUGACCAGAAGCUAGGCUUUUUAAGCUACUAUAUUUUACUUUUACUUGGUAGUAAGACAGAGGAAGGUGAAUGCUUUUUCCCUUUUCCCCUCUCCUGGCAUUUCAGACAUUACUGUUCGCUUAUCCUAGCCCUGUUUGUUGUUGAAAUUAUGGAAAUCCUAUCUCACAGGGAACCAGAAAGUUUGGUUCUUUUUAUUUAUGGGCAAGGCAUGUAAACUCUCUGGACCUCACUUAUUUGUAAAACAGAGAUGUACUUGAAGGCAGGUGACCAUGUCUUAUUUAUCCUUCCUAUUCCUCACCCAACCUCGGACCUACCAGUGUCAGCCAACUAGUGGAGUUUAAAAAACACUUGCUGAGCCCGGUGUGGUGGCUCACGCCUGUAAUCCUAGCAUUCUGGGAGGCCAAGGCUCACGAGUUCGAGACUAGCCUAGCAAAAUAGUCUCUAAAAAUAGCCGGGUGCUGUAGCCGGCACCUGUAGUCCCACCUACUCGGCAGGCUUAGUCAAGAUUAUAGCUUGAGCUCAGGAGUUUGAGGUUGCUGUAAGCUAUGACGCCGAAGCACUCUUCUACCAAGGGUGACAAGGUGACGCUCUGUCUCAAAAAUAAACAUUUGCUGAUAGAAAAGGGUAGACAAGGAAAAUAUGCUUUCUUUCCCAUUCUUUCAUCUUGAAAUGAGACCUCGACAAGGCAGGUGUAUCAUAGAUACAGUAGUACUUUGCCUUCUGUUUUAAAUUCAGAACAAGGCAUGUCAAAUUCCCACGACUUCACUUUAUUUUGAAACGGCUGUUGCUGACGGAGUGGGUGGAAGAUUAUGUGUGGUUUCCAUCUGAACCUGUAAGUGAUGUUUGAAGAUCUCCUUCAUUUUCUGGAGACACGAUGCUAACAUUGCGUAACACAAACAUUGAUAAACUGUAGUAACUAUCAUUAAGUGUGCUCGGGAGCCAAGGCUUUAAGGCGGUAUCCCUCUGAAAGCGGCUCUGCAAAUAAGUCCUAAAGCACGAGUUGCUGACGCCUCCUGGUAGGGCUGGGUUCUGAGCGCCUUUGCUAUUUGACCUUGCCACGGCCUCUGCCCCCCCAGGACUUCAGUUUCCCCACCUGCAAAAUGGUGGCGUCGUUACAGAAGAAAAUCCCCGAGUCUCUCCCUGGACUCUAGACUUUUUCUCCUCCCCUUAGGGGUGGGGAUGGGGCGGGGCGAGGCGACGGUCUGGCCAGAAGCGCGCCCCGCCGCUGGGCCAUCCCUUCUCUCCUUCCCGCUUUCAGCCUCCUUGCUCCUCCGCGGUGAGGUCACGCGGCAGACGUCAGCGGAUUGUGACACCACUGAGGGACUGGCCUCCGGGAGAGGAAGGGGCGGGGCCUAGGCGAGCGACGCUUGCGCAGUGGGCGCGGCGCGGGAGGCGGAGGCGGCGGUGGUGGCGGCGGCGGCGGCGGCGGCGGCAGCGGCCCUGGGGGGGUGGGAGGGGGGGAGCGCGAGAGUGAGUGAGUGGCUGAGUGAGUUUACCCCUAUGAGGCGGUGAGAGGCCCGGGGCCUACCUCAAAGGAGCGGGGUCGCGGCGCCGGCUAGCAGCGGGCCCCCUCCCGGUCCCCGGGCCGGCGGCGCGGCGGCGGCGGCGGCGGCUCGGUUGUGAGGAGGCGGGGAAGCGGGCGUGCGGCCCCCGCCAUGGAGGGCAUGGACGUGGACCUGGACCCAGAGCUGAUGCAGAAGUUCAGCUGCUUGGGCACCACCGACAAGGACGUGCUCAUCUCCGAGUUCCAGAGGCUACUCGGCUUCCAGCUGAACCCUGCCGGCUGCGCCUUCUUCCUGGACAUGACCAACUGGAACCUGCAAGCAGCAAUUGGCGCCUAUUAUGACUUUGAGAGCCCAAACAUCAGUGUACCCUCUAUGUCCUUUGUUGAAGAUGUCACCAUAGGAGAAGGGGAGUCAAUACCUCCUGAUACUCAGUUCAUAAAAACAUGGCGGAUCCAGAAUUCUGAUGUCAUCUGGGUGAUCCUCAGUGUGGAGGUGGGUGGACUUUUAGGAGUAACGCAGCAGCUGUCAUCUUUUGAAACAGAGUUCAACACACAGCCUCAUCGCAAGGUAGAAGGAAACUUCAACCCGUUUGCCUCUCCCCAAAAGAACCGACAAUCAGAUGAAAACAACUUAAAAGACCCUGGGGGUUCCGGGUUCGACUCGAUCAGCAAAAACACUUGGGCUCCUGCUCCUGACCAAACCGAGCAAGAUCAGAAUAGACUCUCACAGAACUCUGUAAAUCUGUCCCCCAGCAGUCACGCAAACAACUUAUCAGUAGUGACUUACAGUAAGGGGCUCCACGGGCCUUACCCCUUCGGCCAAUCUUAAACGGGUAUCAGCAAGAAGAAAAAAUAACAAAAGACAGAAGGCCUGACUCUGGUGGGGGAGGGCAAGGGGUUCCUCUGGAUUGCAGACCACAUCGCACGGACCCCUGGCUCUGACCCCCAUCCUGGAAGAAGAGGAAGAAGCAGAACAGACUAGUUUUGAGUAAACUCAGUAUGCAUGUGUGAAUGCUGAAUCACAGGAAUGGUAUUGAGGCUACCAAGAAGAAAUCCAUGCAGCCACCUUGGGUUUUGUUUAUUAGGCGUCAGUCUAAUAAGUCAUUAGGUUACUGGGAAGGGAAAAAAAAGUUUAAAAUGGGGGGGAAAAAAGCUGUCUUUUUAAACAAAAAUUAUUUUGCCUACAGAGAGGUUGUAGUUUUGAGCACAUGUUAAUUUUCUCCCUGCUUCCCCCACUUUUAUUUUUUUAAAUGAAGGGUAACAUACUCUAUAGAAUAGUGCUUGCUCUGGAAAUGAUUCAGGUUAAAAGCUGGUGUGACAUGUUUGGGGACUCUGUGGAUCAGUGCCACAGGAGUAUAUCUGCUGUGCCAUAUGACUCCAGAAGUCUCUGACCCCAUUUGUUUUUAAUGGCAUCAGCCAAUGAGUUAUCACCCUUUUCCUCUUCUUUUCUCUUUAAUCUUCUAUUGAUUUACACCUUCGACAUUUGUAUUCCAUCAACCCUGUGGCUUGUUAGCACUAGAACUUCUCUGAAGACCAAACUUCCUUGUGUGGCCAGCAGAGGAAUCUUUGAGGACAGAUCUUGGGUGAUGUGGGAUUUCCAAGGCGGAGAGGUGUCCUUGUGCACUCCCUUGUAACAAUUCAAAUUGCUUUUCUUCCAUGUUUCUCUUGGCAGAGAGAAAUGCCACCAUGCUAACUGCUCUUUUGGAUUCUUCAUGCAGUGGCUCCCCAUUCAGUCUGGGAACAGUGCCUGCAUGCUGAGUAUACGUGCACGCCACGUGUACAUACAUGAGUGUUGGUGUAGCUCACCAGCAAGUGUGCAGCAGGCGAGCACGACAGCGGCAACUGCUUCUCUGUUGUCACACAAUUUCUUUCCCUGUGUUUCUCUUCAAUUGUCCUUUGUGGUUUUUUUCACAGCCUAUUAGUAGAGGCUGAGCUAUUAAAGUGUAAAAAUACAGCCCCAAAGGAGAACUUUGUCAUGGAGAAGGGCCACAGUCACUGACUACUUGAUCUUGGAGACCAUAUUUAGAUAGAAAUGAGAAGACCCCCACACCCCCUUUCCCCAUUAGGAAGCUGGUUUAUGGGUAAGGAGGUGGGUAAGGGGCAGCCCAGCUGGAGUAGAGGCUGAUUGGCUGACUGCUGGUGGCCCCACUGGCAUCCUGUGAAUUCCGAGUAGGUUGAGAUGUGGAUAUCUCCUUGGGAAGCUUGAACCAGGCUAGAACAGCUGUUUGCCAAAGAUACAAGAAUAUGCAAAGUCCCUCUUCUCUCUCACCCCCUUCCUCCCCUCGUCUUAGUUGGUUUGAGAGUCAGGGAUAUGGAUCCAGCAUGUGGCUGUAGGGUUGCCUGUGUGUUGUAACACCCCCAUCCACGGGGGCGGGGGUGGUGGGGAUGAGACAAGCAGGCAGACCAGGUGAUGAGUGGCUGCAACAGGUCAUGCAGCGUGGGUGUGGGUGAGGGUCUGCCUGCUUGUCUGUUUCUGUCUGGGUGUCUGAGUUCCAAAAACGUGUGUUGUUUUUUCCUACUCAACCUCUUUGGAGACUUUUUUUUAAGCUUGUGUGAAAUUCCUCUUUACUUCCCCAACCCCUAAAAUUAAAAGUGGGAAUGAACUUUGGUCCACUGGAGAAGUCUUGAAGAUGAACGGAGGUAGCCUGCUGAGAAGGGUGGCAUGGCUGGGUCUGGGGCUAGACUAGCUUACUCUAGAGCACCUAUUUUCUAUGCACAUGUGAGUGUCCCAUUCCCUAGCAGAGUCCCUGCUGGGUACUUAUCCCAGGACUAUAGUUGGCUUUUUGUCUGAGGGCCUUAUUAGGCCUGGACUCUUGGUGCUGUUGGUGCCAAUCUCCUGGGACACUGCCACCCUGGAGCCUAUGCAUACCGACUGUUCUUCCCACUUAACAGUUUCAAAACACCAUAUCUUCACUGCCCUGGAUAGGAUCUUGGGAGAAUUUACAACCCCUGCUUUCCUGGCUCUUAUCUGCCUCACAUUAGGUGAUCCUUCUCAAUUUCCCAGUAGGUGCUGCAUGCCGUGAUUUAGCAAGGGCUUCAUAGGCCACCAUCAGUGUGUCUGGCCUUGUUGCAUUAUCCUGCUUGUAGGCAAUUGGACAUGGCAAGUUAAGUGUCCCAAGCACCUUGGCUUCCUUCCCAAGAACAAAUCAUUUCUGUGCACAUCCUUGGAGAGGUGAGCUUCUUGCAAGAGGGCCAGAGCAAGCUCAAGCCUUGGUGUAGGGGUAAUGGGAUCCAUGGCUUCCUUAAGCCCAAGAAGGGAUUAUUACUACCCUUCAUUCUCUUCCCCUCACUGGUAUGGGUUCAGAGCAAUGCCUAGAGCACUUCUCUGCUCCCCUGCCUAAGGAGGGUAUUGGCUACCUCUCAGCCCCAAUAGUCCCUGGUUCUUUUAGAAUCUUUAUGAAGUGACAGGCUGCCCCUGGGCAGGACCACCAGUGUCUGGGACCCAGGAGAUGAGGCAGACACCAUCCUUAGGUGAUAGAGUUUAAACUCAAUUGGGGAGAUGAGGGGCUAAGGCUUGGAAAGUUUCUGUGUGCAUGGAGUGAGGUGUGUUUGUUUGGAUGUGUGUGCAUGUGUGCAUGCUUUUUUUCUUUUUGCUGUGGAGACAGUUGAAUUUGGGGCAUUUUUCUACAAGAAAUCGUCAGCCCCCUCUUCCCAAAUAGGGCCUAGCUGUAACCUUAAGCCCAUCAAAGGCACUUCCAGCCUGGACAGAACCUCAUCAAACAUCUACUGUGCUCUGAGGGUGGCCCUGGAGGGAAGGGGGAAUAAGAAUAAAUACCUCCCCAAAUUCAAUCUGAGACCCAGCAGAAGAGGAUGGCAGAGUUGCCAGGCUCAGCAGUGCAAGCUAAUUACCCAUCCCCGUUCUGCCUUGCCUCACCUUGCCUUUCCUUUGUUUCCCUGGGUGAAUGCAGGAGCAGCAAUGUCUGCCCCUUCCACCUGGACAGUGGUGUGUGUAGUAAGUAAGCAAGCUGGGUGGGUGUUUGUGUUGGGGCCUCAUGGUGCCUAGGAGGAGAUGAAGAUGAGGAGGUUUUUCCUUACUGUGUAAAUGAGUAUUUGUAUGAUUAAAUUAACACACACAC